CCUCUCCAUCUUCUCCGCACAGAACUUGACAACGUUCAUCCACAGUUGGUGACACCUAUCCCCCACCUUGUCACUCUUAUCAGCUGCGGAGAAGUAACCAGCGGACGAACCCCCCUGAACCGGGGAAGAGCCGAAGACUCCGCAGAGGGAAAAAAAGCAAUCAGCAACAUUUUCUGCGAUCCCCUCAUCCCCGCCAACUCCAUGUCUCGAUCUUUCAAUGGGUGCAAACGAUGUAAAGCCCGACGGCAGAAAUGCGAUGAGCAGCGUCCCAGUUGUGGUCGCUGCAUGACGGCUGGCACGCAAUGUCGAUAUGCGAUGCAGCUGCAGUGGGGGGGCCGAGCCUUUUCGCGCUCACGGUUUGGGGCUUGCGUGGGAACGGGAGGCAUGCAAAAACUCGAAUACUCCCCUGGCGAAUUCAUUUAUACCACAAAAGCUGCGGCUGCUCUCUCACCGGGCACAAUCGCAACAUCUCCGUCUACCCAACCCACGAACACCACCUUAGUCCGUCAUAUUGAUCCCUUCGCCUCCCUCUCUACCGACCAGAAAUCCCUCCUCCAUCACUUCCUCAACGAUGCCUCUCAGAUCACGGCUUGCCACUCCGGCAUGCAGCGCGAUAUCUGCAAGAUGCUCGUCCCCAUGGCGCUUCAGACCCCGUCCCUCCUCUACGCAACCAUGGCCCUCUCCGCUAUCCACCUCCAAGCCCUCCACAAUCAAUCCGAGAAUGUCAAGUCCGCGCCCGAGAUCGCACGCUUCAUGGCCCUCAGCUUAGAACAUUUCAGAACAGAACUACAAAAUCCUGCGAGCAGGGGAUCGGAUGCGCUGCUCGCAACCGCCCGAACGCUCUGCCUCGCAGAGAUACACUCCGGUGCAAUCCACCCCAAUUCCUGGCGCGCACAUAUCGAAGGUGCCCGGGCUCUGAUGGAGGCAUCAGAUCAGAGCGGGGCGCUGUCGCCCAAAUCGCCAGAAGGGUUCAGGCGGUAUCUGGAUAGAUGGUAUCGGUCAAUCGUGUCGCUGACUGCGUUGACGGGGAAUGGGCCGCCCAUCGGUGAAGCUACAGAUCAGCUGGUCUCCAUUGGGCCAAAUCAGUCGGCGUCACCGGAUUACUUGGAUGAUUACUGGGGGUUUACGGUAAAUUUGGCCACGAUCUUCCGAAGGAUUGGGGCCGUCGCUUGGCGGGAGCAUCAGAGUCGGGGGCAGGAAGACGAUGAGAAUCCUGUCCAAGGGAACGAGGUCAGCGUACACAAUGAAGCUGCAGCGCUGGAGUCGUCGCUCCGUCAUCUCAUGGAACAAGAAGUGGCUUCGCAGCCCGCGUUCUACCCGGGCGUCGUGGAGGGUCUUUCUGCAGAAUGUAUCCAGCAGCUCAUGCUCUGUAACGAGGCCUUUCAACUCAGUGCUCUCAUUCAGAUCCAUCGUCGACUACGAAAGACACCAGCGUCUGCACCUGUGGUGCAGGAGUCCGUUAAGAGGAUCCUCGAAUGCACGGCUCAGAUCGGGCCGUCUCCGGGGCUGAGUCCGUGGGUAAUGCUGACUACCCCGCUAUUCAUCGCCGGGUGUGAGGCGCGCGGAGAAGAUCGCGAGCAAGUGCGGCGGCUACUGUCUUCGCUGCACGAUACGAUUCGCGUACCAAAUGUGUUGCAGUCAUUGAAGUUCCUGGAACAGUAUUGGGCGAAUCAAAUAGAUGAAAACGAGGGAUGGAGUCAAUAUCUCGAUCGGAUGAGAUUCGAUUUCAUCCCAUAUUAGAAUAGGGAUGCAAUCUGAACGAAGAUAUGGUUAUGUAUGUUAUGCGAGCAUCGGUCUGGAUGAACAUUAUAUGGGAUGCAAUGUUCUCAAUUCUGCGAAAAUCCGAAAAGCGUUACGAGCCAGGAGCAAUGAGCUUUUACGUGUACAAGGCGUCGGUUGAUAUAUUGAUUCGAAUCAGUUAUGUUUAGCGAUGAGUUAAGGCGUCG